AUGAAGUCCUGUGGACGCGAACCGGCCGAACGUACCAAAGGGUUGUUAAACAGUGCAAGUUCCGGUGGCAGUGUGGGACGAUUUUGUGAUCGACUGUUCGGGCUAGAGUGGAGCAGAAUCUUCAUCGUUGUAGCCGUGCUCGGUGGUUUGGUGGUAUCGACCGUGGGGGAUGUUUUUACCGUUGGCUAUCUGACCGGAUCCCAACGGCGGCCGGGUGAUCGCGUUUACGCACGACCGGGAUUACAAAUUUCCGGUGCCAUAACCCUAGCCAUGACCGAGGUGAACGACCGGUACUUCAGCAAGCACGGGCACGAGUUACGGUUCGAGGUGGCGGAAACGUACGGCGAGGAGGUAACCAGCAUUCGCAAGACGGCCGACCUCUGGACGAAGGACGUGAUCGGAUACGUUGGACCACAGGAAACCUGCGUCCACGAGGGCCGUAUGGCGGCCGCCUUUAAUCUGCCAAUGAUUUCUUACUUCUGUACGCACAACGAAACGUCCAACAAGAAGCACUUUCCAACGUUCGCUAGAACGCGACCGCCGGAUCUACAAAUUUCCAAAUCGGUCGUCUCGCUGCUCCUCGCCUACAACUGGACCCAGGUUAGUUUUUUGUAUCGUGCUUCAGACAACGGUGAGUUCGAUGCGGUUGCCGAAACGCUCAAGACGACGCUCCGGACGGCCAGCAUCCGGAUCCGCUCUGUUGCAACCUGGACCGACAUUUACCACCACGGGUAUUCGAGCAAUCCGUUCGAGCGGCUAGUGGAGGACACGUACGAGGACACAAGAAUUUAUCUUGUGCUGGGAUACCACUACGAGCACAUCGGGCUGCUGGUGAGCCUACGACGGCGCGGUUUGCUCGAACGGGGCGACUACUUUGUCGUCGGUGUCGACAUCGAACAGUACGAUGCGGCCCUGCCGACCAAGUACAUGCACGGGCUGUUGCAGACGACGCCGGAUCCGGACGCGGUCGAAGCCUUCCGGCAUUAUCUGGCCAUCGUGCCGUCGGCGCCGGUACGAUUCGAAGAGUUCGCGGUAAAGGUUAACAAAUAUUUGGAGCUACCACCGUUCAACUACCGGAAUGCGUUGAUCUUCUUCGGAGGCGUAAAGCAGAUAAGGGCGGAAGCUGCCUAUCUGUACGAUGCGGUCCAUCUGUACGCAAAUGCACUGGUGCAGGUGCUGCUGUCGGGCGGGAGUCCGAAAAAUGGUACCGCCAUAAUCGAAGCGAUUAAGGGACGCGCUUACAUGAGUGCGAUGGGCUAUCUGGUGCACAUCGACGAGAACGGUGAUGCGACCGGUAACUACACCAUUCUCGCCCGGAAACCCGUCCCCAGCACGACCGCCGGCAACCAGCACGGAUUGUUUCCGAUCGGGCGGUUCAGCUCACCGACCGUGGAUCGCAUACCGUUUAAAAUUCAGGAGAUUCGGCUGUUUGAUACGAUCGAUUGGGUUGGAUCCGGUCCGCCGGUGGCUGAGCCUCGGUGUGGAUUUCGUGGUGAAAAGUGUAUCAGCUAUACGGGCGAGAUAACGGGUGGCAUUGCUGGCGGUGCGCUGCUGCUGCUGGGUGUCGUUUCACUCGUGCUGUACCGGAACUGGCGCUACGAACAGGAGCUCGACAGCCUGCUGUGGAAGGUGGACUUUCGCGAAAUACAGAUGCAUGAAAAUGAGAAGGAAACGGCCGGUCAGAAAAUGACGCGGACAACGCAUCCAUUGAUACGCACGAGCCAGGUCAGCUUGAGCUCGAAUCCGGACCUGGACUUCCGCUACUCGACCAUCUUCACACCGAUCGGUUUGUACAAGGGGCAGCUGUACGCGAUCAAGAAGGUGAAGAAGAAAAGCAUCGACAUUACGCGGGAGAUGAAGAAGGAGCUGAAGCUGCUGCGUGAUAUGCGCCAUGAUAAUCUGAACGCAUUCAUCGGCGCGUGUACCGAUCCGCCGAAUAUUUGCAUUAUUACGGAUUACUGCAACCGUGGCAGCUUGAAGGAUGUGCUGGAAAACGAAGAUGUGAAGCUGGACAACAUGUUCACGGCAUCGAUGGUGGCGGACAUACUGCGCGGUAUGAUAUAUCUGCACGAGUCCCCGCUCCGAUUUCACGGCUCACUGCGUACGUCCAACUGUUUGAUCGAUUCCCGGUGGGUGGUGAAGCUGAGCGACUUUGGGCUGUUCGCUUUCAAGCAGGGUUCGGAGGAUGUGGCCGACGAGAAGGAGAAGCUCGAGGAAAAGUGUCAAAAACUACUGUAUCGAGCGCCGGAACUGCUGCGUGCCGGCCCUACAGCAAGCGUACCAGGCACACCGAAAGGUGACGUUUACUCCUUCGGCAUCGUGCUGUACGAGAUCUUUACCCGCCGUGGCCCGUUCGGGGAAAUCGAAUGCACCCCGAUGGAGUGUCUGAAGCGCGUCCUAAACCCACUCGAUCCCCACACACCCUUCCGGCCCGCGAUCCAACCCCUCGAAACAUCGUUCGACUGUGUGCGCGAAUGCUUGAAGGAGUGCUGGUCGGAGCGGCCCGAAGAUCGGCCCGACUUUAAAGCGAUACGCAACAAGCUGCGCGUACUGCGCAAGGGCAUGCGGCCGAACAUCUUCGACAACAUGAUGGCCAUGAUGGAGAAGUACGCGAACAAUCUCGAACAGCUGGUCGACGAGCGCACGGAUCAGCUGCAGGAAGAAAAGAAAAAGACGGAAGCAUUGCUGCUGGAGAUGUUGCCGCGACCGGUGGCGGAGCAGCUGAAGCGGGGCCAUAAGGUGGAAGCCGAAAGUUACGACCUGGUGACGAUCUACUUCAGCGACAUCGUUGGCUUUACGUCGAUGUCGGCCGAAAGCACACCGCUGCAGGUGGUCGACUUCCUGAACGAUCUGUACACUUGCUUCGACUCGAUCAUAGGGCAUUACGAUGUGUACAAGGUGGAAACGAUCGGUGACGCGUACAUGGUCGUGUCCGGGCUGCCGAUCCGGAACGGGCUGAUACACGCGGCUGAGGUUGCGUCCAUGUCGCUGCAGUUGCUGGAAGCGGUCGCCGAGUUUAAGAUCCGCCAUCGGCCGAACGAUCGGCUGUACCUGCGGAUCGGGAUCCAUUCCGGGCCGGUGUGUGCCGGCGUCGUUGGGCUGAAGAUGCCCCGGUACUGUCUGUUCGGUGACACGGUCAACACGGCCUCACGCAUGGAAUCAACCGGACAGCCGCUCAAGAUCCACUGCAGCUUACAGACCAAAGAGAUCCUUGACUCGCUCGGUGGGUACCACUUCCAGGAGCGCGGUUUGGUGCCGAUGAAGGGUAAGGGCGACCAGCGGACGUUCUGGCUGGUGGGCGAGGAUCCGGACGCGCGGGCCCGUCGCACGAAGGAACGUACCGAGCGGCGGGGCUCACGAGCGCUCAACAAAUAUCUCGGCAUGCUGAAGAGUGUCACCAAUCUGCCCGGUGUACGCAGCUCGCUGAAAAGCCGCUCGUUGGGUUUGCCCCGCGGUUCGCUGCCUCGCUCCUCUAGUCUGGAGUCACCGAAAAGACUGAGAUUUGCCAGUGGAGCCAUGCUGGAGCAACAUCGGUACCAUCGGUACAGCGAUGAUGCGCUCAUGGAAGUCAUCUCCGACAGUAGCAUCCGUCGGUCGGAUUACAGCAUUUCGGACGGUGCCGAAGACCUCACCGCCUCUUGCCCGUGCAUUGAGCAUCUCGGGAUGGGUCAGUCGCAGGAACCGGCCUACCUGCUAACAAACUGCCCAACGGUAACGACACCACUGCUCAACAACAGCAUCGCAACCUAG